AACGCCAAAAAGGUAGAAGUGGAGGUUGUACUACUAUUUGCUGUAAAGGAGAAUGAAGGAAAGAGAGAGACUAGGAGGGUAGCUCACUUCACCAUUAUGCUAUUGCUCGCUCCAUCCACUCCUUCGAAACGCCUGCAUUUCCAAUUCAAUCAUUUUUGUGAACAUUAGUUAUAGAUUUCCAGCGACAAACUUCUACAUGGGCUUUUAGCAUGUUGUCUAAACCUCUCUCAAGGAAUCUGAUAUGACAUAACAAUGGUUCAUUGUUGAGAUGAAAAGCUGAUGCAUAUCAUAGACGGAUACUUGACAAAAGAUUUUGCAUCAUUCUUCAGGGCUAUUGGGGUAGUGCUGACUGCGUCAAACUUCAGAGGGUCUUGUUUUUCUGAUUUCUGCAAUGUCAAAGGACUCUUACGAGCUGCAUACAAGGAGCUCAACAGGUAUUUCUCCUGACCAAGCAUCAGUUGGGUCUGGGACUAAGAGGUCGAGUGCUUCAUCAGGUGGUAAGGCUCGAGAUAAGAAGGAAUUUCUUCGGAGAUUUGUAGACAGUAAAGCUUUUAUUUCUAACUUGGAGGACUGGUUUGAAGGUAUAUCAGCAAAUUCAGGUAUAGAGACAUUUGAUGUUCCAUUUGAGUUGGUAGAGCUUCAGAAAUUUGAUUUUGCACUCGAAGGAGUUUCUUUCCAGCAACUCAUCCGUAUGCCUAGUGCUAUCUAUGCUUCAACAUCUGACGGAGUUGAAUCUACUGCUAUUCUGGCCAUUGAAGAUUUCCUACAUGCCAGUGUGAAGGGGUUGUGGGAAGCAUUUUGGAGUGAAGGAGAGCCUUUGCCAUUCUAUGUGGCAUGCCUCUAUAAUGAGAAUUUGAAAUUCUAUCAGGCUGAGAGGGCAAUUGCCAAUGGAAAACUUGAUGGUCUCUGUGCAGCUGCCAUUUUGCUGAAGAAUGCUAAACAUCCACAUGGGAAGUGGGAGGAAGUUCUUGAGCUGGCUCUGUUGACUCCUGACAUUGGAACCCUUGCUAUAGAAGGUGCACGACUUCCUUCUCUGUCAAUAUUAGGUGAAGCUUUAUAUUUUGCUGUCCGGAUGAUGCUGUAUAGAACCCUAAGCAAGAGUAGUUUUCGACAGAGUCCAAGCCCUGUUUUUAUUCUUCUUGUUGAUUCUCAGCAUGCUGGUGUUAUAAAAGUUGAAGGGGAUGUAAGCAAGAUUAAGCUAGAUGUAAAUAAUGUAUACAAGUCCGCUACAGAAUGGAUAAGGGAUCAUUCAAACAUUUCUAUGUCUCCUAUUGAUCGGAUAUGGAACAAGCUUGGGAAUGCUAAUUGGGGCGAUAUAGGUGCUCUUCAGGUGCUUUUUGCAACUUAUCACUCGAUUCUGCAGUUGGCUGGGACACCAAAGCAGUCAAUUGAAGAUUUAGCUGCUGAUCAUAGUUCUCGUCUUCAAGAUAGAAGAAUAGAGAGACAGCUGGCCGACACCACGAUAAAUGGACAAGGUUUGUUCCAGUACAAGAAGGGCCAUGGCUCACCAGAAAUUGUUGAGGUUCCUGAUGAAUCCAAUAAAAAGGAAAAAGACGAGCCAUUGAACCUAGAUGUUGAGUCAGUUUUGUGGCUAGAGGAUUCAAAUCACAGGACGGGCUAUGAAAUUUGUGAAAUUCGAAGUGAUGGUGAAUUUACUUACUAUAUAGCUUUUCCUGUCGAGGACCCUAGAAGAUCUCUCUUCUUAUAUAUUGGUUCUCAUCCCUCACAGGUGGAGCCUGCUUGGCAAGAUAUGAAUUUGUGGUACCAGGUUCAGAGGCAAACUAAGGUCUUGACUGUAAUGAAACAAAAAGGCCUAUCAAUCAAGUACUUACCACAACUAGUUUCUUCUGGUAAGAUUAUUCACUCUAGUAAAUCUCCGAGAUCAAGCUCCAGUGAUGAUUACAAUCACCCCUGGUUUGGUACCCCUGUCCUUGUGACAAGCCCAGUUGGUGAAACGGUUACUAAUUUGGUCAGAAGUAAUCGUUUUAAUUCAGAAGAGGCUAUCAAAUGUUGCCAUGACUGUCUGUCUGCACUUUCUACCGCCGUUUCUUCUGGCAUACGGCAUGGAGACAUCCGACCAGAGAAUGUUAUUUGCAUCACUUCAGGUGUUGGUCAUUUUUACUUUGUCUUGAUAGGGUGGGGUCAUGCUGUUCUGGAGGAGAGAGAUCGACCUGCGAUGAAUCUUCACUUUUCAUCUACAUAUGCUCUUCAAGAGGGUAAGUUGUGUUCUGCAUCUGAUGCAGAGAGCUUAGUUUACAUGCUUUACUUCUGUUCUGGUGGUGAGCUGCCGGAUUUGGAUUCAGUUGAAGGGGCAUUGCAAUGGAGGGAAAGGGCUUGGUCGAAGAGGUUGAUACAGCAGAAGCUUGGUGAUAUUUCAGCCGUUCUGAAAGCUUUUGCUGAUUAUGUUGACAGUUUAUGUGGAACUCCUUAUCCUAUUGAUUACGAGAUUUGGUUAAAACGAUUGAAAAGACAUAUUCGGGAGGAUGAUUAUGGAAAGGAAAUCGUCGUGUCAGGUUAAACACCAUCCCACUUCUAUGGUCACGUACAAUCAUCCACUGGAUAACCUUCUCGUCUUACUCUUUAGUUGCCCAAGAUUGAAGCAGGGUUGUAUAAACCUGCCUAAUUAGUUUUGUAAUUAAGCCAAUUUGAGUGAUACCAUUGUUGAUAUUGGGUGCAAUCCAAUGACGUGAAAAAUUAAAUCAACUUGUAUAAUAUCUACAGCAAAAGUUGAGAGUAUCUGGGCUGAGGGGAUUAUUUUUGGCGUCGUGACGAUCAGCUUCCGUGUCUCGGCCUUGUUGGAGAGGACUAGUUUUUUAUAAUGACAAGCAGUUAUAAUUUCUGCAUUCAUAAUGGGGGGUUUUUUCUCUUUUUUGUGGGUAUCAAAUUCAAAUGAUCUGUAAUUCAUUUGUAGAGGAAUAGGAUGUGUUUGUUAAUUUGAUUGUGACUUAUAAAUCUUGAUAUCACUACUUAUAUUGAAAUUUGUUCAUCGAUGAAACGCCCAAAAGUGAUCCAUAUUAGAUCGCCCUAGUUUGGAAUA